UUAAAAAAAGGUUCAUUUCCCUCAAUUCCUCAUGUUUCUUUCAAAUCUCUCAUGGCAUGUUUAAUUAGACAUGUACAACUCCGACCAUAAGUCCCUCCACCACCGUCCUCCGGCCAGCCCCCGAAUCUCCUUCUCCAGCGACUUCGUCGAUCUCCAGCAGACCCGAACCGCCAUCCCCACCGCUGCCACCUCGUCCCCGUCCCCGCCCGUGUCCUCCGAUUUCGAAUUCUCCGUCUCCAACUACUCGAUGAUGCCCGCCGACGAGCUCUUCUUUGAGGGCCGCCUUCUCCCCUUCAAGGACUCCCACUCCCACCACCACCCCUUCCAUCGGCCCACCACUCUCCGCGACGAGCUUCUUCUCGAGGACGAGGACGAGGAAGAGGAAGACGACGACAUCUCCCGCCGCCCCUCCAAGGGCCGGUGGAAGGGCUUCCUCGGCUUGAAAAAGUCCCACAAUGCCACCAAGAAGGGCUACCAAAACGACGGCUCAAGUGGCGGCAGUGGUGGCAGUGACACCGUGGCUGACGGUAAAAGGCCGUUCGGUUGGACCACGUCACAUGCCACCAAACCCAAUUCAUCCCAGUUAGAAAACGAAGGAGGGCCGAGUUGCAAAGACGUGGAGAUUGAUUUCUAGAGAGAGAGAAGAUUACAUGGAAAUGGGCAAAUGCAGAGCUUCUUGUUCAAGCGGGGUUCGUUUUUUUUUUCUUUUUCUUUUUAACCAUUUCGAUUUUUUAUGUUCUAUGUUAAUGUUUUUUUCAGAUUUGUAGCUAACUGUUAAGUUGUGGAGUUGAUUAAUUAAUGUUGUCUUCAA